UGUGUGUGUGUGUGUGUGUGUGUGUGUUUGUUGGUUGUGUUGCUGGCGAUAACCUUUUAGCACCUUCUCUAUUUCCCUCCCCCCUUCCCUCUCUCUUUUUAAUGUUUUGGAGCUUCUCGAGAGGGAUUGGCUGGGGGAAAAGAGAAACAUUUGCUUGGGAUCGCUGUUUCCCUGAUACAUGAUGGUGCCCCCUUCCCCCCCCUCCCCGGUUCUCUAAAAAGUAUCCCAUCAGGACCCCAGAGGAGACUGUGUGUGUGAAGUGUAGGAUAAAAAGUUCUUCCAAAAUAGUGUGCGCGGGGACCAGGAUGGGGGAUUUUGCAGCCCCCGCUGCCGCCGCGAAUGGCAGCAGUAUUUGCAUCAACAAUAACCUGAACAGCAGCCUCAGCGGGGCCGGGAUCGGGGUGAGCAGCGCUCCCCACGGCCCUCCUGCCGCCGCUCCCGGUAACAAUACCGCCAACAGCGGCGGCAUUCCCAAGCACAGCACGGUGGUGGAGCGGCUGAGGCAGCGCAUCGAGGGCUGCCGGCGGCACCAUGUCAACUGCGAGAGCAGGUACCAGCAAGCCCAGGCGGAGCAGCUGGAGCUGGAGCGCAGGGACACGGUGAGCCUCUACCAGCGGACCCUGGAGCAGAGGGCCAAGAAAACGGGCGGCAGCGGCAGCAAGCAGCAGCACCAGAGCAAACAGCAGCAAGAUGCCGAGCCCGCCACGGCGGAGCAGAGGAACCACACGCUGAUCAUGCUUCAAGAGACAGUCAAAAGGAAGUUGGAAGGCGCACGUUCACCUCUCAAUGGAGAACAGCAGAACGGAGUUUGUGAUGGGAAAUUUUCUCCAACCAGUAAGCGGACACGAAAGGAUGUGCCAGGCAUUGAGGCCAUCAACAACUUACCCCUUAAUUUGCCUUUGCCUGCUGUUUCUCCUCUUCACCAGCUUGACAUGAAAGCUCCCCUGCCCCUGCAGAACAGUGGAACUCACAGGAGUGGUCUAGAAGACUUGGGUGAAAAUGGUGGGCUUUCUGAGAUAAAGCUCCCUGUUAAUGGCUGCAAUGAUCUGGAUGAUAGUUUUAACAUCCUGCAGAGCAAGGAACUAAAGCAAGAGCCUCUGGAUGACUCCAACUGCAUAGACACUUCUGAAACAUCUCUUUCGAAUCAGAACAAGCUCUUCUCAGACAUUAACCUAAAUGAUCAGGAGUGGCAGGAGCUCAUAGAUGAGCUGGCAAACACCGUCCCAGAGGAUGAUAUACAGGAUUUGUUCAAUGAAGACUUUGAAGAGAAGAAGGAGCCCGAAUUCCCCAGACCUAGCACAGAGACGCAGGAGAGCGCGAGCGUAAAAAGCGAUCCAUCCCAUUCCCCGUUUGCUCAUGUCCCAUUAGGGUCUCCCCAGGUCAGACCAUCUUCCUCUGGUCCUCCAUUCUCCAACAUCUCCACAGGCUCCAGCAUUGCUUCGGCAUCCAGCGCCCCGCCGGCCCCAGUCCCCGCUGGAUCACCGGCCAACUGCGUUGUGCAGUCCCCUCAGACCCCCAGCCAGGCUCACACUCCUGGACAGACGCAGGCACGCUCUGGGAAUGGCUUCCUGAUGAACCCGGCAGGAUCGGGGCCCGGGCCAGUGACCCUGCCCAGUGCUGACCUGUCCCCAGCUGAGCAGCUCAAGCAGAUGGCAGCCCAGCAGCAGCAGAGAGCCAAGCUCAUGCAGCAGAAGCAGCAGCAGCAGCAUCCAAAUCAGCCCUCAAGCUGGUCACCGGUGGGGCCUCCAUCCAGUCCCUACGGGGGACCCUUCAGUGCAGACAAACCAAAUAGUCCAAUGAUGUAUUCUCAAGCCUUUAACAACCAAAACCCAAUAGUGCCUCCCAUGGCAAACAAUCCCCAGAAGACCGCAAUUAAUAACUACCUCCCUCAAAACCACAUGAACAUGAUCAGUCAGCAGCCAAAUAACUUGGUCACAAACUCCUUGAGCAAACAGCCCAAUAUGCUCUCUUAUGGCAACACCAAACCUCUGACCCAUUUCAAUACUGAGCUGAGUCAGAGGAUGACCCCACCAAUGGCAAAUCCCGGGAAGAACACCAUGAUGCCCUACAUCCAGCAGCAGCAGCAGCAGUCCCAGCAGGCGCAGAUGCCAGCUCAGAUGGCACACCUGAGCGAGGAGCAGAAACGCAUGCUCCUCAUGAAGCAGAAAGGAAUGAUAAAUCAGCCCAUGGCAUAUGCAACACUCCCUGCCCUUGGUCAGGAGCACCAGGUGGGAUUGUCCCGGCCCACGGGGCCCAUGCAGCCCUCUGUCCCGGCGGGUUCCAGCAGCAUGGUCACAGGCACCAGCUCCGGGGGACACUUCCUUGGGAGCCAGCCCCAGGCAGCCAUCAUGAAGCAGAUGCUGAUCGAGCAGAGAGCGCAGCUCCAGCAGAUGCAGCAGCAGUCACAUUUGCCUCGGCAGCAUCUGCAUCAGCAGCGGAGCCCAUACCCAGUGCAACAGGUCAAUCAAUUCCAAGGUUCACCCCAGGAUAUAGUGGCUGUGAGAAACCAAGUAGCGCUGCAGAGCAUGAGGACGUCCCGAAUGAUGGCCCAGAACGCCAGCAUGAUGGCCAUGGGUCCCUCCCAGCCCCCGAGCACGCUGCCCACCACUGCGGGCCAGUCGGAUAUGGGCAUGACUCCUUACAGCAAUGCCUCUUCCAGCCAGCCAGGAAUGUACAGUAUGAGCACAGGGAUGAGCCAAAUGUUGCAGCACCCAAACCAAAGCGGCAUGAGCAUGGCACACGGCGCAGGCCAGGGAACAAGGCAGCCUGCCUCCGGACAAGCGGUGGGAAUGGUUGGCAAUUUUGGUCAGAACAUGCUGGUAAACUCUGCUCUUCCCCAGCACCAGCAGCAGAUGAAAGGACCUGUGGGCCAGGUCUUGCCAAGGCCACAAGCGCCACGGCUUCAGAACCUGAUGGGGGCCGUCCCUCAAGGAACACAAAGCUGGCAGCAGCGAGGCUUGCAAGGCAUACCUGGCAGGACUAGCGGUGAAAUGGGGCCCUUCAACAACGGCACCGCGUACACGAUGCCGUCCGGGCAGCCACGGCUGUCCAAGCAGCACUUCCCACAGGGACUCAACCAGACGGUUGUGGACACGAGUGGGACAGUGAGAGCCCUGAACCCAGCCAUGGGGAGACAGCUGCUGCAGCCCCUCCCUGGGCAGCAGGCAGCCAGCCAGGCCAGGCCGAUGGUGAUGCCAGCAAUAAGCCAAGGGGUCCCGGCCAUGUCAGGCUUCAGUCAGCCCCCAACGCAGCAAAUGCCAGGGGGUUCCUUUGCUCAGAGCGGCCAAGGACAGGCCUACGAGAGGAAUCCCACUCAGGACGUAUCUUACAACUACAGUAAUGGAGGAGCAGGGGGGUCAUUCUCCAGUUUAGCAGAAGGCACAGACCUUGUGGACUCCAUUAUUAAGAGCGGACCAGGGGAUGAGUGGAUUCAAGAACUUGAUGAGUUGUUUGGAAACCCCCAGUGAAUGGGAUUGUAUAGUCUGGAGCUUUGGUUGCAUUUUGUUACGUUUGAACGAGCAAAGAGGGAGUUGGAUGUUCUCCCCAUCCCUGGAUUGUUGGUUUUGUUUGUGUUGGUUUGGUUUGGGGUAAUUUUGUUUUCUUUUGUUUUAAAUUGUGCAAACCGAGCUGAUCUGUAGCCAACUUUAGAAGAUUCAGGGGACGAUGAGAACAUCAGCAUCCCAAAACUGUCACCAAGCAAUCUUUGUUGCGUGGCAGCGCCCACUCUGUGUGUGUGAAAGGCAGAAUGGGGAAACUGGAAAUGCCAGCUGAUGUGUCUGGCUGGGAAAAUUCCUUCUCUCCCCACUUAAAACAAGGCUUCAUUGCACAGUGGUUUGGGGUGGUCCCAACAUCUCCCACCUUAUGUGAUUGUGCACAUUGCAGCUUCCAGGG